AUGGGGAAGGAGACUCUGCCAUUUCGAUUCGAGACCGGCGUUGCGCUGUUUGCGAAGAGGGCCCCUCGACCAUUCCCUCCACCCUUCCUCUCCCCUCCAUCGGCUUCGUUCUCCGAUGCUCUCACUACCCACGAUAGAAGUCGAGUCCGGCGUCCUCUUAUCAAUGGACAGAGGAUUCGAGGCUAUACCAACGGGGAUGAUGCAGUAUAUGCCAGCGAUCACUUCAUCGCGGCCAACGAUGGGGUAGGCGCCUGGUCCACAAGGCCUGGGGGCCACGCUGGGCUCUGGGCAAGGCUGGUUCUACAUUUCUGGGCAGUAGAAGCAGAAGCAGAUCUGAAACAGAUGCGUCCUCUGGGGCAACCAUACACCCCUACACCGAUAGAAUAUCUGCAAAGGGCUUAUGAGCAAACACUUCAAGCAACAUCGUCCCCGGACGAGUGGCAAGGAACGACUACAACUACUGGAGCUCAACUAUACUACCAAACUUCCGCCGUUAACCCGAAUGCCACUCCAACACCUCUUCUCUAUGUCACCAAUCUUGGCGACUCGCAAAUCUUAGUUGUUAGACCACGAGAUUCCAAAAAGAUAUACAAAACUACGGAACAAUGGCAUUGGUUCGAUUGUCCCAGACAGCUAGGGACGAACAGUCCAGACACUCCUCGAGAGAACGCAGUCAUGGACAAGGUCGAGAUAGAGGAGAAUGACGUAGUACUCGCCAUGUCUGACGGAGUUAUUGACAAUCUAUGGGAGCAUGAAAUCGUCCAGAGUGUGGUAAAUAGCAUACGGAAAUGGGAGAAUGGCCAGGGGGGAGAGGGCACUGGGGACAGGAAAGGCGGAGCUGCUGGAGGGAUGAAGUUUGUAGCUGAAGAGCUGGUGAAGGCUGCAAAAGAUAUUGCUACGGACCCGUUUGCAGAGAGUCCUUUUAUGGAGCAUGCGGUCGAGGAGGGGUUGGCCAUGGAAGGAGGCAAGCUAGACGAUAUCAGCGUGGUCGCAGCUUUGUGCAGACGCAGCAAGGGUUGA